AUGUUCUUGGUUCCAACGCAACAUCAGUUCGUUGACAACCAAGCUUCACUGCUCUCUUCAGGCUCUCCCCAGCUUGGAGGUUCUCGCUCAGAAGCCGCUGCCAUCAGUUCGCUUCUGUCGUCCAUCAGCACCUCUAUGGAACGCAGUGCUACCGAGUACUCGCAGUCAGGUUUGCCUUCGCCUUACCCAAGCAACUGCGGCGACACCCGUUCUGAAGGUUCUUCUGCAGAUCACGCAUCUGCUGCGCAAUACGCGACCCAGCAAGAGGUUCGCCCCAGCAACUACUCUACCUCGGCCACUCCCACCUCCGAGUACAGCGUCUACCCGCCGUCUGCGCGGUCAGGAUCCUUUCCUGAACAUAUUCAGCGAUCAUAUCAUCCAGCUAGCAACCACAACGGUAGCAGCGGAGGCAUGGCGCAACAAGCAAGCAGUCCGUCUUUGCCCCAGCAAGAUGGGCGUCACCAUCAGGUCCCUCUGGCCAAGUCUGACCACGAUGUACCCAUAGAUCCGUCGAUAGCGGCGCCGAGCCCUACCUACGCGUACGGACAGCACUCUCCGUACGGCCCUCCGCCGGGAGACAUGUCGCACUCAUACCAGCACCCUUACGCGCAACCCCGUCCCGACUGGACCGGCUAUGGUCAGCACAGCGCCGGUCCUUUGACACCCGCGAACCACGUCUUCCCCCCGACGCCGAGCUCAGCUCCUCCCCAGGGCCGACCUAACCAGUUUGGCUUGGAAAUUCAGCGAAAAUCUCAGGAUGAGGGGUCCCAGGCAUUGCGGCAGCGCGCCAUCGACGUGGGAUCUGAGGCUGGCACGCGCGCGCACUUUGGACAUCAGGUCUAUUCUUUCGUUCCGAUCCCCGGUGCCCAGCAGCACAAGCGACCCCGCCGACGAUACGAAGAGAUUGAGCGCAUGUACAAGUGUGGCUGGAAUGGCUGUGAGAAGGCCUAUGGUACCUUGAACCACCUGAACGCGCACGUCACAAUGCAGUCCCAUGGACAAAAGAGAACCCCAGAAGAAUUCAAGGAGAUUCGCAAGGAAUGGAAACAGCGCAAGAAGGAGGAGGAGGCUCAGCGAAAGGCCGAGGAGGAGCGUCAACGUCAAGCUGCCGCUGCUGCCGCAGCAGCCGCUCAGAAUGGUUCCGCAGACCCCCAAUCCGGCGCUGAUGGAGCAUCGUCGGCAUCCGCAUACGGCACCAGCCGUCAGGUUCAGCUUCCGCCCAUCGGCUACCAGCCCUCGCAGUACCCGGCACCCCCUUCCGCAGGAGCCGUGGCUCAGCAACCUCUCCCCGAGUACAACGGGUCCCACAUGUACUCGGCCAACUACCAGCCUCAGUCACCUUACGGCCAGCCGAACCAGAGCAUGUACAGCUCACGUUAG